AUUGAGAAGAAAACGAGGCCAGAAGUUGAUACAUCACUGCGAUCAGGUUCACUCACUCAAACCUUGGUUAUCAUCACCGUCCUCUUUCUCUCUCUCACACACACAUUCACACACACUACAACACGCAUCAAGAGCUCGUUACUGGAGACAUUAUAAGCAAUUAAAGACUCUUUCAGCAUACCUAUUGUUAAGUGGAAGUGUGUCAUGGGGUCUGUAAAACAAUAUUCUCAGCGUAUGUGACGCCAUUUCUUGCAAUUGGAUUAUAGCAAGACACAUGAUGUGUACAACUACAAUCGGACUAAGGACCGGAAACGGGCUCUUGGGUUCUUCAUACUUUUACUCGGAUACAACCGAAAAGCUGUCCUGCAGGAGCGAUACCGGGUUCACAGUUGUCUUUACUAAAAAUGUGAUCACGGCGAAAAAAUCAUCCAAAUACAACCGGCAUACCAAAGCCUUAAAAGCUUUAAAGGAUCAUGCAGCUACUGCUUCUAGUCCUUCAAGCUGCACAGAUCAAUGGGUUCAAAUUUUGGAAUGUGAAGGCUCCAAGAACGAACUUUCGGUUGACGCUUUACUAUCGUUACAAAAAUCAUUGCUGGAGAAACAGUGGAAUAUUUCAACUGAAAAGAAUACAACCACAGAAAAAAAUAGCAAAAAGAUGCAUGUCACUGGUUCACAGACAUCAGCACGAAAACGGAGAAUAGAUGCUAGGGAAAAAAGUAAAAAUAGUCGGUGUGCUACGAAAGAUGUUUCGGAUGAGCAUUUGAAUUCUACGAUUGGUACAGAACUCCUUCAAAAUCAAUUUAAAGGUCAUGUUAAAGGUGUGAAAAAUGAGGUGUUGUUGACUCACUCAGAGGUGACCGUUUUAUCGAAGAAACUUAAAAUCGGUUUACUCUUAGAAGAGCAGAAAUCAAGACUGAAGAAAAAACUGGGAUAUGAACCUUCAGAAGAGCAACUUGCAACUUCCAUGAAGAUUACCCGAACCGACUUAAGAACCAGACAGAUUGAAUGCAACUUAGCGAGACAGAAACUCACGUUGAGCAAUGUUCGUUUAGUAAUGUCGAUUGCACAAAAAUAUGAUAACAUGGGAGCUCAAAUGGCUGACCUUAUUCAGGGAGGUCUAAUCGGGCUACUUCGUGGUAUAGAAAAGUAUGAUUCAUCUAGGGGUUUCAAGAUAUCUACUUACGUUUAUUGGUGGAUACGACAGGGUGUUUCAAGAACAUUAAUGGAGAAUUCUAAAAUUUUAAGAUUGCCUACGCAUUUGCAUGAAAGACAGAGUGCUAUACGCAAUGCGAAGAUGAAAUUAGAAGAACAAGGAAUAAACCCGUCACUUGAUAGAAUUGCAGAAAGCCUGAAUAUAUCUAGAAAGAAAGUUCUGAACGCGACAAAGGCAACCACUAAAGUUUUCUCACUUGAUAGGGGAGCAUUCCCUUCUGUAAGUGGUUGUGCAGGUCAAACACUUGAUAACGACAUUGCAGAUAAUUGCAUGGAGAACGACCCAUGGCAUGGAGUAAGUGAAAAAGCUCUUAAGGAUGAAGUAAACAAGCUCAUUACCGUGACUCUAGGGGAACGAGAGAGGCAUAUCAUCCGCCUUUACUAUGGUCUUGACAAUGAAUGCCUUACUUGGGAGGAUAUCGGCAAAAGAAUAGGGUUGUCGAGGGAAGGCGUGAGGCAGAUUGGACUUGUUGCGCUAGAGAAAUUAAAACACGCUGCAAGAAAUACCAGACUUGGGGCAAUGCUGGUAGAGUAGUGAAUUUUGGUAUGGUUUUUGUACCGGAAAAAAAAGCACAUAUGUAUAUUCCCUAGCUAAACAUCGCGAAAUCAUAUAUUGCAUGAUAGAGUUGAGCGUUGAGCUUUGAGCGCGCUGUAUAAAAGAGCAUAAUGCAGUAAAAAUCUGCACCUAUCUUUUUUGUUUAAGAGAAUAUAUAUAAUCACACGCUUUUUUCGCCAUUA